UCUCUCCGCCCCGAGGCCCCCGCUUCCCCCCAUCUCGCCGCCAGCCAAGCCACCUCACCUUCCAUCCAUCCCCAGCUCCAAUUCCGAAUCCCCAACGCAGCCGCCGACUAGGGGAGCGCGCGUGCAGCAGCCGCGUCGGGGCCGCGUGCUGUAACCCUAGCCUGCCUUCGGCCCCCACUGCCGGCCGCGGCAGCCGCUCGCUCGGGCGCGUGACCUGGACGUUCUGCAGAGGCGAGAUCCAAGCGCGCCCGCGCCCAGUGCCUGUGGCUGCAACCGUUUGGAAGAAGAGGUUGGUGGCGGAGGAAGGCGGCGGCAAUGGUGGGGUCGAGGUUCGGGUCGUUCAAGUCGGAGAAGGGAGACUCGGCCGCGGCGGCCGCCGCCGCGGGUCCGGCGCAGAGGAAGGACCCCUACGAGGUGCUCGGGGUGGGCCGCAACGCCACCGACCAGGAAAUCAAGAGCGCCUUCCGCCGCAUGGCGCUCAAGUACCAUCCGGAUAAGAAUGCUGAUGACCCUGUUGCAUCAGACAUGUUCCAGGAAGUCACAUUUUCUUACAGCAUUCUGUCGGAUCCCAAUAAGAGGCGGCAGUAUGACACAUCAGGAUUCGAGGCCAUUGAAACUGAUAGCCAGGAAUUGGAGCUGGACCUAUCGAGUCUCAAUACAGUAAACACCAUGUUUGCAGCUCUUUUUAGUAAACUUGGUGUACCGAUUAAGACAACAGUUUCUGCAACCAUUUUGGAGGAAGCAUUAAAUGGGUCUGUUAUGGUUUCUCAGCUCCAGCUAGGAACCUCUGUGCGCAAGAAGGUGGAAAAGCAAACAGCUCAUUUUUAUUCUGUAGACAUAACAGAACAGGAAGCUAAGAAGGGGUUAGUUUGUCGUGUGCACUCAAUUGAUAGAAGCAAAUUUAAGCUGCUUUAUUUUGAGCUCGAAGAAACUGGUGGGCUGAGCCUUGCUCUGCAGGAAGACAGUGUAAAGGCCGGCAAAGUUACUUCUGCAGGGAUGUACUUUCUCGGGUUUCCUGUGUAUCGCUUUGAGCAAAAUAACUCGGCACCUGCUGCGAAGGACCCUGAUAGUGCAUUUUUUAAAAGGUUGGAUAGCUUUCAACCAUGUGACAUUAAUGAACUGAAACCAGGAACCCACUUCUUCGCAGUCUAUGGUGACAAUUUCUUCAAAAGUGCAACCUAUACUAUAGAGAUUGUGUGUGGUGAGUCUUUCCCUGCUGAAAAGGAGAAGCUACAAAGUGUAGAGGCAAAGAUACUCACAAAACGAGCUGAGCUGUCUAAAUUCGAGGCAGAGUAUAGGGAAGUUUUGGCAAAGUUCACUGAAAUGACCAGCAAAUACACGCAAGAGAUGCAAACAAUCGACGAGCUUCUGAAUGAAAGGAAUGUAAUCCAUGCAUCAUAUACAACCAAUCCACCAUUAAAACGGAGUUCGAGCAGGAAUAAAGCGAAAUCGCCUUUAAAAGGGUCCAUAUUGGAUGAAGAAAAAAAUCAGAGGAAGGAAAAGAAAGUGAAGGAUCAGCCCUUGGAGGGAUGUGGAAGUGAAGAUAAUGAUUCAAGUGAAAAGAAAACCAAAGAGCGGUUCCCGAGAAAGAAAUGGUUAAACAUUCCUUUCAAAGUUGACAGGAGAAAGCCAUGCUGAGCAGUGUAAGCAAAUACACAGCAUUUUCAUUGUCAUUGCCCUGAAGAACACUCUCUUUGCGGUUACCUCAUUCCUUUUUGUACUGCCUAGUUUAUUCGCUAGAAAGAUUGAAGGUCAAGCCUGAGGUGCUGUGAAGAUAUCUCGUUUCUUUUUCUCCCUGAAGCUUUUACUUGCCAGAGGCCACCCUUGAGUUUGAUUGAGACGAGUUCAUGUUGUGUGGUUAUGAGACAAGCAAGCGUAGCAUGUAAGGUUAUGCUGCUAGUAGUCCAAUUCCAUAUUCUUUCAAAGUGAUGAUGUGUAGCUUGAUUUGAUUGGCUUUCUGGCCGGUUGUAAAUAGUGUUAUCUUGUUCGGUUGUCCAAUUACCUGCUGUGCACAUUUUCUCUUUCUCUUCUCUUUGGAUUGCUGAUGUGUAAAUAACGAAACACAAUCUUUUCACCUCUUUUUAGGCUUUUAGCUCAUGUGCA